GUACAAUCGAACUGGCGGGCGCAGCGUUUUGAAGUCAUCGGAUUUAUUGGAAUUAUGGGGUCGUCACCAGAGAUGGAGAGGUUUGGUUUGUCUGAUGUGGAAUAUUCGUUCAUGAUGAAUCCUUUAAAACGACGCCACAACCAAUCAAAGAAGCAAACAAUAUACGGGAUUUUCGCCUCAGAUGAUUCUGAUUCAGAGCCUGAAAGAAGUGGCUUCGGUGGACGUGAAGCUGGUUUCAAGCGUAAGGGUGCCAAUUAUUCAGCACCGAUCACCUUUGUCAGUGGUGGAGUAAAGGUAGGGUAUAUUUAUGUUAAGGAAGGCUAGGUGACAAAUAAUGAGAUUCAUCGACGAGCUAACAAUUCAGUGUUCUCAAUUCUAUGCUGUGAAUAGAUUCUUAAGUGUUGCGAUCAUCUGAAAGGUUGUAAUAGUUACGUUGCUGCUUAGUUAUAAAUCACCUUUUUGCUUCUUAUUAUUUCAAGUUGUAUGAACUCAUUAGGCUCCAGUAAAGAUGCCUGGGAUAGAUAUACCCAUUGUUUAGCUAAUAUUUUGGCAGUAAACCUGCACUGUCAAAAUGAUUAAGUAGUUUAGUCGUACGGAAGAUGUGCCAAUUAUUUUUGUGCGCAAUAGCUGUCUAGAACAUGCAUUUGUUAUGUCUCAUGUUUGUUUCGUUCAUUUAUUCAACUAAUUUGCAAGUCUCGUUUGUCAUGUAAAAAUGUGUUUUCGAAGGUCCUAAGUAUUUUCUGUCAUUGUAGGCAGGUGCCGGUGCUUCGUCUGGUCCGAAAGAAAAUAACGAAGAAGUCGACCAGAUUUCGGAUGAUGAAGACGACAAAUCUGUCCUAAGGAGUUUGCAUCCUUAUCAUGAUUCAGACUCUGACUCACCAAAUUCAGAUAUUUAUCGUAAACCUGACAAGCCUGUGGGCAUAUCCGUUGGGGCCAGUCGACGUGUAGCAGCAGCCGCUGCAGCGGCGAAGUCUGCGACCUCUGGUUUCGGGGCUUGGGAAAGACACACAAAGGGUAUUGGAAUGAAACUUUUAGAGCAGAUGGGUUACGAACCGGGCAAGGGUCUUGGUUCUGACGGUCGGGGUAUUGUUACUCCAGUUCAAGCUGUCCAACGAGUGGGGAAAGUAUCAGUAGGGUACUAUGGAUCUGAAAAAGCCCCCGCCCCUCGUCGAGGAAAUGAGACUGUCGUUGAAGGUUCAGACUCUGUCGGGCCACGUUACAAGAAGAGGCCUGGGUUACAACGGAGUCAAGCAUCAAAGCCUAUACAGGAGUAUAAAACUACUGAGGAAUUAGUCGCCGAUCUUUGUCCUGCAACCCCUGCUACAGCUGUUAGGCGACAUGGGAUUUUCUUGGAGAACAGGUUUCCGAUUAGGAUGGUCAGGUCCUUUCCUGUUCACUUCUCUACGAUCUAUUGCAGCCUUUCGUAAAACUGGUCUUUAUCGUCUUCUUUGCUAUCAUUGGUGGGUGCAUAACAUUGGAUAACAUUCAUCGUGAUCCCCCCUUUGCUCUGAAGGAUGCUUUGAUGAUCUUAGAUCCAUGAGAUUCCCAUCCUAUUAGUGCUUUACAUGCUUUUUUGGAUAGUAUCAGUGCAACUCCUUAAACGUGCGAAGCAUUUUUUCAUGAUCAGAGUACAACAACAUCUCUCCCAAUGUCAAUCUUUUUUGUCCAGCUCGGUUUCAAAGGGCUUCACUCAUUCCGAGCACCGUCAAGUCCUAUCUCCACAUUUCAGAGGUUAUUUCAUCGGUCUUUACGGCCUUCCACACUGUCCAGUGAAUUGUCCAAAGUAAAGGUUAUCGAUAUGACAAGUAAAGAGCAAAAGGUGUACUCUGGUUAUGAAGCUGCUUUAUCUCGUGUUGUGCAAAGGCGCCGAAAACCGGGAGAUAAUUCUACUCUCUCAGAUGAAGAAAAUCCAGAUGUUGAUGGUAAACGAAUCGAAAAAAGGUUGGAAGGGAAUUUCUUUGAUUGUCCCGCUCUGCAACACAAUUUCGCCCUGAUAAUGCGGUCCGCUGAAGAUGAAAUUAGGCGGUUUGAUCGGGCUGCUAGAUUCGAGGAAGAUCGCGCAGUUGGUUUAGAACAUGAAAUCGAAAAAUUAACUGAGAUAGUUGACGGAGAAGAAUCUGAAGUGAAUUACCUCAAGAAAGCUUUAUUUCUAAUAAAGAAGUUUGAAGAUGAAGUUACGUUUCAUUCAGGCUGUGAUACGAACUUAACAUCUGAAGCUAUUUCAUCUUGGGUAUCACUUAUACGUGAGGAAUGUGCUAACCUAGUAGAAAUGCCUGUUCUCAUGGCAUCGAUCGCUCGCCCAAUGUUGGAUAAUUCACUUGCUAGAUGGGAUCCUCUAAAGGAACCUACAUUUUGUCUCGAUUUGUUGGGACACUGGAGGGAUUUCUUUCAAAAUCCUUGCGCAUUUGAUGUUAUACUUGAAACAAGCUGGUUGAGCGCCAUACGCCGCACUAUCGUUAACGAAUGGAAUCCUCGAGACUGCGAACCUCUCUUGGAGGUUCUCGAAGCCUGGCAACCUUUGUUACCGGAUGAUAUGUUGCAGCGCAAAAUACUCGACCAACUGAUUCUUCCAAAAUUGCAGGAUGCUGUUUCCUCAUGGAAUCCGUUAACUGAUACAGUACCUGUUCACACUUGGUUGCAUCCCUGGCUACCUUGGUUUGGAGGAGUUGAACGUCUCGCGUGUUUGCAUGAUAUGGUUCUCCAGAAGUUAGGAAGUUGCCUUACCAACUGGCAUCCUAGUGAUGCAUCUGCCCGCUCAGUCCUAAUGCCUUGGCGAACCAUAUUCCCGGUCACGUCCAUGGCAGCUUUCUUAAGUCGCCAUGUGGUGCCAAAACUUGCUUUAGCGUUGCAACAGUUUCAACUUAAUCCCGCUAAGCAAAACAUGGAUCCGUGGAAUUGGGUGAUGCGUUGGGCAGACUUGAUUGGUCCGGCUGUACUUGUAAACCUACUUGAACAUCAUUUCUGGUCACGUUGGCUGUCAGUCCUUUCAAGUUGGCUGAAUCAGGGGGUAGAAGCUAGGCAACGUGGAGACCACACUGCUGCCGGUCAAGUUUAUCAAGAAGUUGGCCGUUGGUAUGCUGGUUGGAAAGGUCAGUUACCUCCUGAGUGUAUGGAAUAUGCAAGUGUCAAAGAUGCUUUGACAAAAGCUUUGGCAAUGAUGGAACGUUCAAUGAGAGGGUUACCGCCUCAAGAACCUCAGGUCUCAAAGCAGGGUCAGUCAGAUGUGUCAAGGUAUCCUACUGGCUCAUCAGGCGUACUUCCCCCAGCUUUUGGAUCAUCAACACCUUUGGUUGCUCCUCCUCCGACAACGCUACGUAAACAAGUUGAACAAGUAGCAGCGCAGCGCGGCUUCUUAUUCCAUCCUAUUUCAAACAGGAUGUUCGAAGGUCAACAAGUAUACAGACUGGAAUCAUUACAAGUGUUUUUCGACCGCAACGUCAGUUAUGUGUACAAUCCCAGUGAUGGUGGCUGGCUUCCUGUUACAUUUGCUGAGUUGAUGACCCGUGCUCAGUACUGACUUAAUCUUUUGACUUUGUAAAUUUCUUUUUCAAACAUUACUUCUCACAAGGUUAUUGUAUAUAGUUACUUCCAGAUUUUCUUUGUAAUUUCUCCUGAGUGAUAUAGAAAGAUAAUUGCGAUG